AUGGUAGCGGAGCGCGCCCGCAAAGCGGCAGCAGCCGGUGCCCGCGGCCCCGGGGAGCCGGGCGCGCCCGCGGCGGUGGCGCCGGCCGAGCGCUGCGCGCGGCUGCCGAGCCCGGGGUCGUGCGGGCUGCUGGCGCUGGCCCUGUGCUCGCUGGCGCUCAGCCUGCUCGCCCACUUUCGGACCGCCGAGCUGCAGGCCCGGGUGCUGCGCCUGGAAGCGGAGCGUGGGGAGCAGCAAAUGGAGACGGCUAUUUUGGGACGAGUCAACCAACUGCUGGAUGAGAAAUGGAAGCUCCACUCUCGGAGGCGCCGGGAGGCCCUCCCGAAGACGUCUUCAGGGUGUCACUGUCCGCCAGGGCCUCCCGGUCCUGCUGGAAGACCCGGCUUCCCAGGGGACAAAGGUGCCAUUGGGAUGCCUGGACGUGUGGGGGCCCCAGGAGACGCCGGCAUGUCCAUCAUCGGCCCCCGCGGCCCUCCUGGUCAGCCGGGCACUCGAGGUUUCCCUGGAUUUCCGGGUCCCAUUGGGCUCGAUGGCAAACCGGGCCACCCCGGACCCAAAGGGGAGAUGGGCCUGACGGGUCCCCGAGGACAGCCGGGACCUCAAGGGCAAAAAGGAGAAAAGGGUCAGUGUGGAGAGUACCCACAUCGGGAGCACCUAAGCAGCACUCUUUCGGCUCUGCGCUCCAACCAGAUCAUUACCCUCAAGCUGCUGCCUCUCCUCAAUUCAGUGCGACUGGCUCCACCCCCAGUCAUAAAAAGACGGACCUUCCAGGGUGAACAGGGCCAGGCCGGCAUCCAAGGCCCGCCGGGGCCACCAGGCCCGCCUGGACCAAGUGGACCUCUGGGGCCCCCGGGACUGCCAGGGCCCAUGGGGCCACCCGGCUUACCCGGGCCUCCUGGACCAAAGGGAGACCCAGGAAUCCAGGGCUACCACGGCCGGAAGGGAGAACGGGGCAUGCCAGGGAUGCCGGGCAAACAUGGAGCAAAGGGAGCUCCUGGAAUUGCUGUGGUUGGGAUGAAGGGUGAGCCAGGGACCCCAGGAGCCAAGGGUGAAAAGGGGGCUGUAGGCUCCCCUGGGCUAUUCGGCCUCAUGGGGCAGAAGGGAGAAAAAGGCGAUGCUGGUAACUCCAUCGGAGGGGGCAGAGGGGAGCCCGGCCCCCCAGGGCUACCUGGGCCCCCAGGGCCAAAGGGAGAAGCUGGGGUUGAUGGCCAGGCCGGCCCCCCAGGACGGCAAGGAGACAAGGGGGAGCCUGGAGCAGCUGGAGACCAGGGACCAGCCGGCCCCAAGGGCACCAAGGGGGAACCAGGGAAAGGAGAGAUGGUGGACUACAACGGAAACAUCAACGAGGCUCUCCAGGAGAUCCGAACGCUGGCCUUGAUGGGGCCCCCUGGUCUUCCCGGACAAAUAGGCCCACCCGGAGCCCCAGGCCAGAAGGGGGAGAUUGGACUUCCGGGCCCUCCAGGACACGACGGGGAAAAGGGACCUCGAGGCAAGCCAGGAGACAUGGGCCCUCCCGGUCCCCAAGGCCCCCCAGGAAAGUUUGGACCUACAGGAAUGAAGGGAGAACACGGACACCCAGGGAGCCCAGGAGAGAAGGGGGAGAAAGGGGAGACAGGACAGGCAGGCCCCCCGGGAGAGAAAGGAGAGCCCGGGGAGAAGGGGGAGCCAGGAGUGGAGGUUCCUGGGCCUCCAGGGCCAGAGGGGCCCCCCGGACCUCCGGGGCUCCAAGGUGUUCCUGGACCAAAGGGGGAAGCAGGACUAGAUGGAGCAAAGGGAGAGACGGGUGUCCAGGGAGAGAAAGGAGAUCGAGGGCCGCUGGGAUUACCCGGAGCUUCAGGUUUGGACGGCAGGCCUGGGCCACCGGGUACUCCAGGACCAAUCGGAGUCCCAGGCCCAGCGGGACCAAAGGGCGAGAGGGGCAGCAAAGGCGACCUGGGGGUGACGGGACCAACAGGAGCAGCUGGCCUUCCUGGUUUACAUGGACCACCCGGAGACAAAGGAAACCGGGGGGAGAGGGGGAAGAAAGGCUCUAGAGGGUCCAAAGGGGAUAAGGGAGACCAAGGAGCGCCUGGAUUAGAUGCCCCCUGCCCGUUGGGUGAAGACGGCUUACCAGUCCAGGGUUGCUGGAACAAGUGAUACCUCUAACCUGGGAUUGGC